CUUCCCCAUUGGCUGCUGCUGUUGUUUGCCCUUCGUAGUUUUAUAUUUCUUUGAAAACAACCCAAAGCGCUGAGUAGCUUCCAGAUUGAAGCUGAGCGGCCUGGUGCUGUGGGAAAGGGAGUGAAACCGGGACAGAUUGCCUAGACCUAGCCUGUGAAGAUCUCUGGAGACCAUGACCAACAAAAGAAUUGCCGUGAUUGGGGGAGGCGUGAGCGGGCUCACAUCUAUCAAGUGCUGCCUAGAAGAAGGCUUGGAGCCUGUGUGUUUUGAAAGGACUGAUGACAUCGGAGGGCUCUGGAGGUUCCAGGAUAAUCCUGAAGAAGGAAGAGCCAGUAUUUACAAAUCAGUGGUCAUCAACACUUCUAAGGAGAUGAUGUGCUUCAGUGACUAUCUCAUCCCAGAUCAUUUUCCUAACUACAUGCACAACUCCCAGGUCCUGGAAUAUUUCAGGAUGUAUGCCAAAGAAUUUGACCUUCUAAAGUAUAUCCGAUUCAAGACUACUGUGUGCAGUGUGAAAAAGCGGCCUGAUUUCUCCACUUCAGGCCAAUGGGAGGUGGUCACAGAAUCUGAAGGGAAAAAGGAGAUGAAUGUCUUCGAUGGAGUCAUGGUUUGUACUGGCCAUCAUACCGAUGCUCACUUACCCUUGGAAAGCUUCCCUGGAAUUAAGACAUUCAAAGGACAGUACUUCCAUAGCCGAGAUUAUAAGAAUCCAGAGAGUUUCACUGGAAAGAGAGUCAUUAUAAUUGGCAUUGGAAAUUCUGGAGGAGAUUUGGCUGUGGAGAUUAGCCACACAGCCAAGCAGGUUUUCCUCAGCACCAGGAGAGGGUCUUGGAUUGUGAAUCGUGUAUCAGACUAUGGAUAUCCUUUUGAUGUGUUGAUCAAUUCUCGGCUUAAACAUUUUUUGAACAAGUUUUGUAGUCAAUCAUUAGUAAACAAAUAUUUGGAAAUGAGGAUGAACCAAAGGUUUGACCACGAAAUGUAUGGCCUAAAGCCUAAACACAGAGCUCUGAGUCAGCAUCCAACAGUGAAUGAUGACCUGCCAAAUCGUAUCAUUUCUGGCUUGGUGAAGGUGAAAGGAAAUGUGAAGGAAUUCACAGAGACAGCUGCCAUAUUUGAAGAUGGCUCCAGAGAGAAUGACAUCGAUGCUGUUAUCUUUGCCACAGGCUAUACCUUUGCUUUUCCUUUCCUAGAAGAUUCUGUCAAAGUAGUAAAAAACAAGGUAUCCCUGUAUAAAAGGGUCUUUCCUCCUAACUUGGAAAAGCCAACUCUUGCAAUUAUAGGCUUGGUCCAGCCCUUGGGUGCAAUUAUGCCCAUUUCAGAACUCCAGGGUCGCUGGGCCACUCAAGUAUUUAAAGGGCUAAAGACAUUGCCCUCACAAAAUGAAAUGAUGACAGAAAUAAUUAAGGAGAAAGAGAAGAUGCAAAAAAGGUAUGUGGAGAGCCAGCGCCAUACUAUUCAGGGAGACUAUUUCGAUGUGAUGGAAGAGCUUGCUGAUCUGGUGGGUGUCAGGCCCAAUUUGCUGUCUCUGGCCUUCACCGACCCCAAAUUGGCAUUACAGUUAUUGUUGGGACCCUGUACUCCAGUCCAGUAUCGUCUACAGGGUCCUGGAAAGUGGGAUGGAGCUCGAAAAGCUAUCCUCACCACAGAUGAUCGUAUCAGGAAGCCUAUGAUGACAAGAGUAGUUGAAAGCAGCAAUUCCAUGACUUCAACAAUAACAAUAGGCAGGUUUAUGCUGGCCAUUGUUCUCUUUGCUAUAAUUAUGACCUAUUUUUAGCUGUUCCAUUGUCAUUGCCCCAGUUUUCUUUUGGGAGCUGGAUCUAGAGAUGCCUUCAGAAUCUGACAAGAUUGAACAACUCUUAGUUUCACACUGCCCAGAAAUCUACUUGUAAUUCUCUUUCCAAAGCAAUAAUCUUCUUUCCUCUUUUCCCUACAGUGAAAUUCCAGCUUUUCAUUCAUAUUGACUUAUCUUCCUUCUUCUUAUGACCCAUCAUGUUUUCUUUCUGGCAAUCCCUAGACUAUGAGCUCAGAUAAUAUCUUAUUCAUCUCUUUAUAUCCUUACCAGAGUUCUUAACACAUGAUAGAUGCUUAAUAAAUGUUUGUUGUUAUCACAUAUUAUGGUGGGGAACAUAAGUCAGUAUCUGUAUAAGAAAUUGACUUCUGAUGGGAUUUUUUUAUUAGAAGCUCAAUCUUUUGUUUUUAAUAUUGUAAUAAAAUAAUAUUGUAAUAGUACUGUAUUUUUCCUGUGGGAUGAGAGAAGUAAUGGUCUUGUAACAGUUGUAUAUACCUAAGACAUAUACAUAAACAUUUUGUCUCACUAGCUAUUCACUAGUAUAUCUGAUACUUGGCCAUUUCAACUCUUUUCCCCAGCAAAAGGUCUUUAUUAUCUCAAUGAAGAAACUACCUUCAACUUUCUAGGCUCAUGGGUCAUUCUAAUAAUCUAGCAUUUGUCAGAAGACUCAACAUGGUUGAAGAACUUGAGAUUUUAAAUCAGCUGUCCUAUCUUUUUUGAUCUCUUAGUUCUCAUAUUAGAAUCCAACAAGACCUUUACCUUAGGAAAUAUGCUAAGUAGCUGUCUACUGUUGUAGUGUGGCCCACAAAUGUGAUUUUACUUACUCCCCCCCUCCCCGCCCCGCACUCGUGCUUUCUCCCCUCCAAUCCUUCUUACAUAUAAAGUCUAACUAAUAAAUAAAAUUUGUAAAAUAAGUAAAAUUUGAAGAGGUUAUUUUUGUAUUAAAUUAGAAUUGCUAUUAACAUAUAGGGACAUUCAGAGGGAAAGGAGGUGGGCAGGUAGCAAAGAGUAAAAGGGGUCAAAUAUAU